CUUGUAAUAACAGUUCAGAGAUUCAGCUCAGAGAUUUACUUACAUUGCUCAUUUUGGAUGACCACCAUGCUCAAGAUCAUUCUACUCACCUUUCUGCUUAUCGGCACAGUUUGUGCGAUGCACCUGGAACUCCUGAGAGUUGACGAUGAUGAGGAGCAUCUCAAUGAGAGUUUGGAUCUUCUUGAGCCUGAGGUUGAAUUCCCAGGCAUGUGCUGGGCAUGCAAGUGGGCCAUGGGAAGACUGAAAAGUAGCCUUGGCACUAAUACAAGCAAAGAAGCAGUUAAGGCAAUGCUGGGCACUGUCUGUGAUGGUAUUGGCUUCCUGAAGUUUUUGUGUAAUCGCAUGGUCAAGAGAUACUUUGAUGUCUUGGUGGAGGAGCUUUCUACUGUCGAUAAUCCAGCAAUCAUCUGUUCUCACAUUGGCGUUUGCUAGAAGACCCUGCUGAAACUCAUUCAAGCUGUUCCAGAGCUCCAUCUAGAAGAAGCUCUGAAAGAGUUCUAAUCUUCAAAAGAACAUCAGCAUUAUAACUUAAAUGAAUUGAAUGCAUAAAAAAAAGUGUUAUAAAGAAAUGUUAUGAUGAACUAAUAAAGCCUGAAGUUGUGCUCUAAUAAACCACUGAAAUAAUCUGCA